AUGCCCAAUUCAUUAAUUAACACAGCAUGUAAUUGUACUAAAAACAUACUGCAAUAUAAUAGUCAACCAUCAUCACGUGAAAUUAAUUUGUUUAGUCUUUGCCCAGACGCAUUAGCAGCUUGGGAUGUUCAACAUCCAGCUAAUUUAAAUUAUCGUGCUGAAUUAUCACGUCGAAUUUCAUCAACAUUCGAUGAUAGUGAUCAAAUAAUUAUUCUCGAUGAUGCUGCUGUAAUUCUACCGGAAUUGGAACUUGCUACUUUUCAUGGCAUACGUGGUUAUGAUAGAUCACUUUUACCUGCUCUUUGGUUAUCAACUGCAUUUUGUUGUGGUGAAUGUCUUAAACGUUCAGUUCAAAUUAAAAUUUUCUAUGAAGAUUCAAACCAUCAGUUACUUGAACAUAUUAAUAUUUUUAAAACAAAAUUAAAAGAAUACAUGAAAAUUUAUGAAACAUUUGCACAACGUUCAUCAGAUGACUUUUAUCCAGAAUAUUAUAUUGACAUGUUAAAACAACAUAUAGAUAAAGUUACUGAAGGUAUUCAUCGAUCAUUUAUUUUUCCUUAUGAAAUGACUGAAUUUCAUCAACAAGAACUUCAAUCUUAUGGCAAUCGACUAAAACUACCUGAUAUACCAACAAAUGAUAAAGCAAAACAUAAUUUCGUUUUACGAUCACAGGCAUCUACUGCUUUAUCAAAAUUAUUAGCUGUAUCACCAGAUGGAACAAUAAUCGAUCAUUUUGGAGAACGAUUACCAACAUUAGCCGUUAUUGAAGAAUUUGGUGAACCACCAAAACGAUCUGGUGAUAUUUAUACUGAUUAUACAAUUUGUGGAUUUGUUAUUGAUGAAAACUUUUUCCAACAUCAAUUAAUCUAUGUGGAACAGAAAAUGAAUGUUAUGUUACGUGGUGGACGAUCAUCACCAGAAUCAUUGAUUAUUUUUGGCAUACCAAAUUAUGAAACAAAAAUUACAUUAGCAAUGAGUGAUUUUGGAUUAAAUGGAAAAAUGAAUAAUGUUGAAUUAUUUCAUUUCUAUACAAAAAUAUGUCAACGUUUAACAAAUGAUUAUGGAAUUUAUAUACUUUCAAGUGGACUUGGUUAUUGUUGUAACGAUAAUAAAGAAACUGAUUAUCUUAAAUUCAAUAUUCUUAUUCAUUCAAAAUGGCUUGUUAUUAUUGACAGUAACGAACAAAGACAUAUUACCUAG